CUUCAGCUCAUACUCCACGAUUGAUACUCCUCGGUCGCUGCGUCCGAGAUUGGCCCCUCUGAACAGUCUUGGAAGAACUGCUUGUUUCACGAUGGCUGUGGAGCAGGCGCCAAAUCAGCCGUACAUUCCCGCGUGGAAGCGUUUGGGCUUGAAACUGAAGAACGGCGUGCCCGCGAAUGGACAAACAGAAGCAUCGCCAUCGGUAGACGCUACGUCUGAAAGCAAACAGAGCAAGAGAAAGGUGUCGGACGUACUCGAUGACGUUGCUCCGCCAAGUAGCCGACCCGACGUUGCUCUCUCAGCAGAGCCUGAAGCUAGCCGCAUGCGUGGGGCUCGUGUGUCCGACGAACGACCGCCGAAGCGCAAAAAGUCGGUUUCAUUCGUAGAUGGUACCAAGAAGGAAGACGGUGACUUCAACGAAAAGCUGCUUGAGGACUACGUCGCUAGUCAGAAAGGUGGCCAGGACCAAUUCUCAGAAGCCGAGAUAGCACACUUCACGGUAUCAGCCAAGGAUCAUUCGGCCAAUCGAUCUUCUCAGGUCCACAAAAAGACUGAAUCCCAGCCGAAAGCCCGCGAUACGAAGCAGAAGCCCAAGAAGAAGCGGGUUGACCCUGAGAGCCAACCACAACAAGAUCUCGCGUACAUAUCCUACCUGAAGCAAUACCACAGCUCACGUCCUUCUUGGAAGUUCAAUAAAAAUCAUCAGACAAAACUGUUGCAAAAUCUAUACAAUAUGUACCGACUGCCCACGGAGUUUGAUGAGGCGCUGUCAUUGUACCUCUCCGGGCUUCAAGGCGACGCCACGAAGAAGCGUCUUGCUGAGGCUGCCGAGAAAAUCAUCUCUGAGACAGAUAAGCUUGAAGGUGCGGAUGCAAAUAUGCCUCGCCAUUCCAAUUUGGAUGAAGCCAAGGAAAGGGCACUCCGAGCCAAGCCGAAGCAGACGAACAGCCUCGAGCGCAAUGAACAGGCAGUAGAGGAGACUUCAUCCGAGGAGCACAAGGAAAAACUUCAAAGGCGAAAGCGAGCCGAACUGAUUCUGAAAAGCCUCAAUAUGUAUCCUUCGAUAAGUUUCGAAGAUAGUCAACAAGGCGUUUCCAGAAUAGCUUCUGAGAAUGAUGCUGAAAAUGGGCUCCCAACAAAAAGGAAGAAAGUGAGACGUAGCAGAAAGAUGAGAACAGGUGCGCCAGAUGAUGAUGACACAGAUGAGACCAGCAGCAUGUCUUCUAUUCCGUCAUCAGCCACAAGUACAGAUGAGGGAGAUGAAAGCAGCGAGGAUGUUAGCAGCGGGUCCGAUUCAAGCUCAGAAGUUUCGACGAGCUCCGCCUCUGAAUCAUCUUCUGAGGAGAGCUCCGACGAAAGUGCUAGUGACACCGAUAGCGAUGAGAAGUAGUUGGCCUUAGACCACUAACUUAUACACGAGAUGCGUAGCACUAUACCAAUGCAGAAUAUUUAUUGGGCUUUUGCCAAA